AGAGUAAGAAUAAGAAACAAAAAGCUUUUCUUCCCGUUUUUGUUUCAGAAAUCUCCCCUCCCCCAGAAUGAUCUCUGAAAACAAAAUUUGGUUUUUGCCACGUCUGCCCUGCUUGUUUCAUUCAUUUGUCUAACUGCUACAGUUUUAUUCCUCCUUUUCGUUUAAAACAGUUCCAAACAGCAUUUCGUCUUGAGAUGACACUAAAGUCUAAUGGACGUUCGACUUUGAAGAGAUAAAUCCGAGGAUGAGUUAUCAUGUGUUGCUUAACCCGACGUAAAACAGGUAUGGAAUUCAAACAAUGAUCUAAUUUUUGACUGGUCUCCAUGACGCUGUUUGCAACGCGAUAUGACUGUGAACUUGGCUCGUGCGUUAUGUUACAAAAAUUGAUCGCAGUGAUAACACUAAUCGAACAUGGGUUCACGAGGGAUGGCAGUGUAUGGUCCGUGAGCGAUCCUGGGUCGUGAGUGACGUGAACACCAAAAGAACGAUGGAGACACAAGUUGAUUGUCAGUUUCGUUCAGUCGACCUGUCACUUUCUUGAUGAAUGUUGAUGAUAGAAACAUUUCGCUAAGGGUCGUCUUCCACAAUGUUUGUAAUUUAUAGCAUUUUAGUUGUAAUUACAUAUUCAUGUGUGUCGAUUGAGGUGAUGGGUAGCUCUUCCGGAGCACCGGCCACCGCCUGUGAUUCUAUGACACCUGGACAUGGAUAUUCUCCAAUGACUGUUCCAUGCCCUUUUGAAACUCUUCUCAGCCAGACUGAAAUGUCUUCUAGCGACGUACUGACGGUAACGAUCCAGCAGUCAGUUUCGUCCACUCAAUCAUUCAAAGGCUUUCUGAUCAUGGCAUUUGAUCAGACGGAGGGUGUUGUUGGAACAUUCAAAAUGGCUUCGUCAGACGAGUCGAGUAAAACUCUUGAUUGCGGAGGGGUAUACGAAAAUGCUGCCACUCACAGAACUAGCAGUCUAAAGCAAAGUGUCACGUUCGAAUGGAUUCCACCAGAAAGUUUUGACGGUCAAGUCUUUUUCAGAACUACUUUCGUCGAAUCGUUUUCUCAAUACUGGGUCAAAGAGCUUUCUGAGCAGACUGUCAACGUUAUUCGAUCAGAAAUCACUACACCCACGACAACUGAAUCAUCUCCGACCACCAAGCUUCCCCUGCCAGAUGUUUAUGAUGGAUGUGGGGUAUCCAAGGGAUGUAUAGCAACACCUGAUGGAUGUGUGGAAUCGAAAAGCUGCUCCAUGAUGACGACCUACAGGAAAAUGAAUAACGACCAUCUUCAACUAGAAAUCUACGGUCAAAUGAAAGGGGACGAAUAUGUAGCUGUUGGAUUUUCCACAGAUUCGAAAAUGGGAUCUGACAGUGUGGCCGAAUGCGUACAAUAUCGUAACGUAUUGGCAACCUAUCAAUCUUACAAUACUAAGAACCGGAAUAAUGAGAGGCUUCCUACCAACGUGGAAGGUUUCAUCUUGGAUGUUUCCACAUUUAGCGAAGGUUACAUUUACUGCAGCCUGCAGCAUCCACUAGUUUACCAAAAUCACAACGAGAAUUUUGAUCUGAACAAACCUCAUUACAUUUUAAUGGCGACUGGAAGUACCGGAAAAGAUAACAUCCAGCAACACUCAAAAGAGGAAAAGAGUCGAUCGUCAGUUGAUUUAACGAAUGGGUUCAGCGUUUCAUAUUUUAACGAAUCGAGAAUAUUAAAACAACUGCAUGGCUCUUUUAUGGUCGUCGCUUGGCUCGUGGCGGCGUCCGUUGGUGUUUUGAUGCCACGUUACAUGAAAAAGACUUGGGUUGGAAAACAGUUCAUGAAAAAGGAUCUUUGGUUUGUGUUCCACCGAGGACUCAUGGUGAUCGCCUGGACUUUGACUGUAGCCGGUUUCAUCAUCAUCUUCAUCGACGUAGGUGGCUGGGUAUCGGAAUCCGUCUCCGAGAAUCCUCACCCGCUGAUCGGAUGCAUAACUACAGUUUUGGCGUUCAUUCAGCCUUUUAUGGCAUUGAUGAGACCUUUGCCCAAUGCGCCCAAUCGAUACAUUUUCAACUGGGCUCAUAUGCUCGUCGGAUAUUCGGCCCACACUUUAGCAAUUACUUGCAUUUUUCUCGCUGUCGAAAUGGAAGAAGCGCAAUUACCCUAUGAGACAUACUGGGUCUUAACAGCCCAUGUUUGCUGUUACGUUGGCGCCCAGCUUCUGUUGACUUUUCUUGCGCGAAGAAAGUCCAAAACAUCCCAAACACUGCAGCACAAUUAUUCGGAAGACGAACGGGGCACAUUUGGAAGGAAACUCAUUCUGGCCUGGUACAGUUGCAUUGUUGUUGCGAUUAGCUUCACUGUUAUUGUGUAUAUCGCUGGACCCUGAUAUUUAAACGAGUAAAAGCAAUUUCUCACGUCAAUUGCAUUGUUCUAAACAUGGAUUUUCAGUCGUUGAAAGUGCACUAAACGUCAUACUGAAAUGGAAUUUAUGUACAUACAGUUUACUGCCUUCUGA